AAAAAAAUGACAACUUCCGCCUUUUUUCGUAGCCAUUUCUUUUUUGGUUCGAUUUAGAGUCAUGACAGGAUUAACAAAUCGGGCUGUUGUUAUUGAUGGCCGCGGUCAUUUAGUUGGCCGUUUAGCAUCUGUUGUAGCCAAAUAUUUAUUGCAAGGGGGCAAGGUAGCCGUUGUAAGAUGUGAAGAGUUGAAUUUAUCGGGACAUUUUUAUAGAAACAAAAUCAAAUAUUUAGCAUAUUUGAGGAAGCGGUGUAAUGUAAAUCCAGCACGAGGACCAUAUCAUUUUCGAGCUCCAUGCAGAAUUUUUUACAAGGCAGUAAGAGGAAUGAUUCCACAUAAAACGAAGCGAGGCCAGGCUGCCCUUAGUCGAUUAAGAGUAUUUGACGGCAUUCCACCUCCCUACGAUAAAAGAAGACGUGUAUGUAUCCCAAUUGCAAUGAGAGUGUUAACAUUACGUUCAGAUCGUAAAUACUGUCAAGUCGGGCGCUUAUCACAUGAAGUUGGUUGGCACUACCAAGAUGUUGUAAAAAAUUUAGAACGCAAACGCAAAGCAAAAUUGAGACUUACUUUGAAACGCAACAGGGUUCUCAAAAAAUUAACAAUUCAAGCUAGGGCGAAAAUUGCUAAAGCAGCAGAACCAUUCACUAAAAUUAUAAAUUCAUAUGGAUAUGAAUAAAUAUUUUCAAACAAGAAACCUUGUUUCAUAAAAUAUUCAAAAUAAAAUCCAAAUAAACAAGUAUAUGACUGUUUGAUACUUAAAUUUAACAA